AUGAGCAGCCUGCUGCAGUGCAUCCGGUCCAAUGAGGGGCAGGGGCGGGGCGGAGCUCCUCAGAGCGGGAUUUGUGGUCUCGGAGAUAUCGUCUCUUACGACCCGGAGACGGGAUAUUACCAUGUCACCUAUGAGGACGGCGACAAGGAGGACCUCUCGCGAGCCGCUGUCCAGGCUGGCGUGCGGCGAUUCCAGCAGGCCCAGGCAAAGUGA